AUGGAGAUGGAUCACAGCAGUGACAAUGAAGAUGAACCUGCCUCGCUUGACUUGUUCCAGGAGCCCGCCGAUUUCUACCAGCCAGAAAAGCCAGCUACGUCCACCACCUACACGCUCCAAAAUGGUCAGAGUCUUUCUCUUCGGCUCGUCGGCCACAGUCCUCUAUGGGUGGGAACCAAUUGUGGAACGCUGAAUCUGCGCGUGAUUGCGCGGUACUUGGAAGACAAUGCGCAUUUGGUUCAAGGCAAGACGGUGCUCGAACUAGGUGCUGGUGCUGGGCUUCCCAGCCUCGUUGCUGCAAUCCUCGGAGCUAAGAAGGUGGUGGUGACUGAUUAUCCUGAUCCCGAUCUGAUCCUGAACCUUCGCCACAAUAUCGAGCAUUGCUCCGCACUUGUAAACAAGGCCAACAUUGUUGCGGAUGGCUUCCUCUGGGGCAGUCCUGCGGUACCGCUCGAAGCCCACAUUGGCCCUGAAGCUGAUCGCUUUGACCUGUUGAUUCUUGCCGAUAUCCUAUUCAACCACUCCGAGCACGCCAAACUUCUGGUCACUCUUCGUGACUGCUUGAGAAAAUCGGUCGAGUCUGUAGCGCUCGUAUUCUUCACCCCAUAUCGGCCUUGGCUUCUCGAAAGGGACCUGGCCUUUUUUGAUCUUGCUCGUGCCGACGGAUUUGUGGUUAAUAAACUCCUGGAGCACACCAUGGAUAAGCUUAUGUUCGACAAUGACCCCGGGGAUGAAACCCUCCGAAAAACCGUCUUUGGAUACGAGGUGAAAUGGCAGUUGUGUCAGUGA